AUGCUCGAAUUGAAUAAAUCACAGGCGGCUUUAGUAAGCAGUCUUUUCCAAUUAUGCGGCUUCUUUGAUUUGGCUAUCGGAUUCCUCACUGCUUACGCAAUCAUGUACAAAUCACCGAAAAGCUGCCAAACGUACAAAUGGUAUUUGCUAAACAAUGUGUUUACAAACCUCGUCUUCGAUGUCUGCAUCGCUUACUUGUCACCGAUUUUGAUCACAACAGUUUUUGGGUUUUAUUGCCUUUCUCCAUUUCCACUAAAACCACUGGCUGCUCAUUUGAUGAUGAGCACAGCUCUCACCUCGGUUUUUGCGAUGAUUAUCAGCAUUUCAUUGUUGUUUUAUUAUCGAAUCAGUUUGGUCGUUCCAUUUGAAAUCAGAAGUUUUGUGAAAUGGACUGCUAUUUUAUUUUAUGCAACAGCUUACAGUACAGUUUGUCCCACAUAUUUUGCAUUACUCUUAGUGUCAUACAACAGUGAUGUCACUGAGAAUACGCAACUUGUGAUCUCUCAAUCCCAAAAUCUCACUUAUCUCCAAAGUGUUGACUAUCUUCGUCUCAUCUAUAACGUCUCUGCUUUCUAUUAUGAAAUGUUUAUCUGCUGGGGUUUAUGCAUGUCUACUAUUGGAGUGACUCUUUUAGGAUUACUUGGAUUUUACAACUAUAAACAUGUUUUUAAAAACGCGAAUGCUAAUAUCUCAACGCAAACAAAGAAUCUUCAAACAAAUAUCUAUCAUGUGAUCAUCUGUGAAUGUCUUGCAUUCGUUUUAGCUGGUGGAGCCCAAUCAUUUUCUUUCGUUUUACCAACAAUGCAAAAGAUUCUUUUCCCAAAUCUUGACAUUUAUCUCAUUGACGUUGUUCUUAAAGCCAUUGAUCCAAUCACCUCAUUAGCUUGUCUCUUUGGAUGUCUUCACACUACAUGCAAUUGCUUGAUCAUCAUCUCUCUCACUAGGCAUUAUCGAUCCUGGUUUCUCGAGCAAGUCUUGCAAAUCCAUAGCCAAAGAUCUAAUCGUCGAUUGACCUUUGUACGUGCAAGCAUCAAUUUCGGAUCGAAUUCUGUUUUCAAUAAAAGAACUAGCGGU